AUGUCGUCGUUAACUGGCAGUUUCGCCACUUUACAAACCCACCAAAAUUGGUUGACCGUGAUAGCUGGCGUUUGCCUCGCCGUCAUUCUAAGAUUGGUGAUCAGAUACCUCAUUAUUCUGAAUCAUGUCAAAGCUUUACCUAACAUCGCAACUUUGCUUUUCGGCUUCGAGCCUGGUACAAGAACGAGAUUACCUCAUAUACCAUGGAUAUGUCCUGUAAACGAUCACACAGUGUAUCAUCCUUGGCUGAAGUAUCAACGUGCGCGAUCUGACUUGAUCGCCUUUCCCUCUCUUCUAUCUUCCACCCCCGCCUAUGUGACCUCUUCACCAAGCACCGCUCAAUAUAUCAGCUCGCGACCUCACUUGUUUCAUAAAUCAUUACAUAUGCAGAGGUACAUCGGAUUCAACGUUUUCGGUAAGACUUUACUUUCCACACAAACGGGUGACGAGCACAAGCGACAUUGGUCAGUGGUUAGAAGGUGUUUUAGUGAUCGACAGAUGGCAAGCGUUUGGGAAGCUAUGAGAUGGAGUUUGAACACCUUCAUUAGUAAAGAGGUGGCUCAAGGAGAAGAGGGAGUCGUUGAGGAUGUGAGAGAAUCUCUUAUCAGGGUGAUGUUGCUCGUCAUUGGACGUAAAGGUUUCGGCAAAGAUUUUCCAUGGAAGAUGUCUGAAACAGAGGGAUGCGAUAUUCCGUUCGAGGAAUCCCUGUACGUGGUGGAACAAAGUGUUCUACUCCAGAUAAUACUCCCAGCAUGGGUCAUGAGAUUCUUGCCAUGA